UCCACAGCAUUGAGUAUAUUUGUACGCAUGCGCACUCGUCAUCCAGUAAACGAUAUCCGGACGCUCUACACGUGAAUCAAAACAUCCCAAAUAUGAGGAAUCUCCGAGGACGAGGGGGCCCACCAAUGAGAGGAGGGAUGAGACCGUCACAUCCCCCAUUCAAACCUGGACCUCCAUUCAGGGCGUUCAUCCCCCAUAUACCGUUUGACUUAGUACAGUGUGAGUCAACGUUUCCCCGUGCCAAAACAGCCCCUGAGGAAAAGGCCCUGACCGAAUCACUGUUGAAGAGGAACACAGACCUGACUCCCACAGCCCAGGAACAGGCCUCCAUUCUGGCCCUCGUCACCAAGAUACAGGGUAUCCUUGACAACCUGGUCAUUGCCCCCGGUACAUUCGAUGCCGCUCAAGUGGAGGAGGUGCGACAAGUUGGGUCGUUCAAGAAAGGCACAAUGAUGGGUGGACACAAUGUGGCAGAUAUUGUUGUCAUGUUGAAGACUCUACCUACAAAGGAAGCAGUGGCAUCGCUAGGCAACAAGGUAUUGGAAGAACUCAAGGUGCAGGAACCCAAUGAAGUGCUAAGUAUGCUGACGAACGACUCUGGGUUUGAGAUCAGCUCCGCAGAUGCAAGUGUGAAGGGACUUAUCACCACCAUCCCACCAAACUUGAAGAAGCUGGACCCAGAACUUCAUCUGGAUGGGAAGGUCAUGCAGGGCCAUCUGGCGGCUGUCAGACACGCACGCUGGUUUGAGGAGAAUGCCUAUUUCUCUCCUUCCAGCAUCAAGGUGUUGAUUCGACUACUGCGAGAUCUGAAGAACAGGUUCGAAGGCCUACAGCCCCUCACACCCUGGAUAAUCGACCUGAUGGGACACUACGCCGUCAUGAACAACCCUUCACGCCAGCCUCUACCCAUCAAUGUUGCAUUUAAACGAUGUCUCCAGCUGCUGGCCGCUGGCUUCUCCACCGCUGGCUUCUUCCUGCCGGGGUCGGUGGGCAUCACAGACCCGUGUGAGCAAGGGACAGUCCGAGUCCACACAGUCAUGACCCUUGAGCAACAGGACCAGGUGUGUUUCACAGCUCAGACAUUGCUCCGAGUCCUCAGUCAUGGUGGUUUCAAGCAGAUCUUGGGAAUGGAGGGUAACUCAAGUAUUGCCACCGAGAUGAGCGUGUGGGAGGGUGUGGUUGUUACGCCAUCCGACAAGGCGUACGAGAAGAUCGAGAGGAAGGAGGGAGAAGAGGAAGAGGAGGAAGGAGGAGAUGAUGAAGGCAUGGACACCCAGGAGGGUCAGUAGUGAAUCCAGCUCCUUAAACAAGACCAAGCCACUACCACAGCAACCAUUUGCAGAAAACAAACAUGGAGCUCACUAUUUUUCCAUGUACAGGAAGAUAGACUAUCAUACUGAUGAUAUCUGUUUGGGGCAGGAGAUCUGUUAAGAGUAAGAAGGGCGGUUUAUUUUUCCCUCCUAGACCAUUAUGUAAUGAUAAACAGACAAACUGUUGUACCGAUUGCCAGAUUCUAUCGCAUAUGUGCAUUUAGUAUCAUGGGCCUACUGGUGCAUUAUUGCAGGCACAUCUUGUGUUGAGCCAUCGGUGCCACCCUGUGGACAUUGGUUGGCCAUUUCAGUUGUGUGUGAGUGGCUGAUGUGGACUCACCAACUGUUGCCAUAGCAACGUAUUAAAAACUGAUGGUAAUUAUGGAGAGGACCUGGUGACUUUACAGCCUCGUUAAUCCUUAGCGUACACACCAACGACUGAUCAGAGUGAUGGGUUCUGUUGUCAUGAGCAGUACAGUGAGAAUAACAUCUUUAGUGUGGUCUGGAAAGAACCAGACAUUUUACCACUAUUUGUUUACAGGCCUCAUGUGGCAAAUGAACUUUAGAUAUUAAAAAUUGUGAAUUUAUACAUAUUUUAUAUUGCUUUAAAAAUAUCAAAAACCUCCAACCAAUUUACCACCAGUGUACUGUUAAUACACAAUGCUUUUCGAUUGGAACAAAUAUGUGUAAUCCAAAAGAAAUGUCUACCCCUAAUCUUCAGACAUAAGGAGAUACACAAUGCUUUUCAAGUGGAUGUGCAGUGCAGGAGAAAUAGGUGUACUACUAAUCUUCAGACAUGAUCAGAUGCAUGUCGGUCAGAUGGUUCUGAACAUCCUUGUGAUUAUAAAGAAGAAGAUCCCCAUCUGUCCAUCUACUGGUGUAUGUCACAGAAAUGCCACAUCUCUAGUUGUUACCUUGUGUAGUGACUCCCAACAAAAUCACUGGGUGGCUGAAUUAUUGAUCACUGGAUUGUCUGUUCCAGAUCUGACAUUUAAUGUCCGCUGUUAUGUAGCUGGAAUACUGCUGAGUGCGGUUUCUAACAGUCACAUUCUCACAUGCACAUUACUUGUGGAGUGGAGAUAUCUGCUUGUCGAUGACUUGGAUCUCCAAACAUUGAUGUUGUAUAGUACUUCCAUGUCUGCUGUUUUACCAUUUCAUGUCGUCAUUAAAAUCAUUUUGUAUCAUUA